AUGUACAGGAUCAGAGCAAACACCUCACUACCUGAUUUAGGAGCAUCAGACCUGAACCAGCCAAGUCAGACACACCCAGCCUAUCCUGUUGGUCCUCAGUCACUGCUGACAGCACAACAGCUGGCGUCGGCAGUAGCAGGGGUGAUGCCUGGGGGCACACCAGCUCUUAAUCAGCCUGUCCUAAUUCCAUUCAACAUGGCUGGCCAACUCGGUGGACAGCAGGGCUUGGUCUUGACUCUGCCAGCAGCAAAUCUGACAAACAUACAAGGCCUGGUGGCAGCAGCUGCAGCAGGAGGCCUCAUGACAUUACCACUGCAAAACCUACAAGCUACCUCAUCCUUGAAUACGCAGCUCCAGCAACUACAGCAUCUUCAGCAACUCCAACAGCAGCAACUGCAGCAGCAGCAACAGCAGCAACAGCAGCAGCAGCAGCAGCAACAGCAGAGCCAGCCUCACCACCAUCAGCAACAGCAAUCGCAUCAGCAGAGCCAGCCCCACCACCACCAGCAGCAGCAGCAGCAGCAAAAACAACAGAACCAGGUACCAGUUCAAACCAUGCCUCAGCAAGCACAGACUUCGCAGCCUACAGCUUCCCCACAAAAACCAAGCUUGUCGCCAAGGCAACGCCUUCCGUCACCACUCACUCCACCAAACCCACUCCAGCUGGUGAACAAUCCUUUAGUGAGUCAAGCAGCGGCGGCAGCAGCUGCAGCAGCAGCUAUGGGGUCCAUCGCUGGCUCACAGGCCUUCAGCAACACACUGACGAAUCUUCAGGGGGUCACAGGUCAGCUGGUUACAAAUGCACAAGGACAGAUUAUUGGAACAAUCCCACUUAUGCCAAAUCCAGCAGUGCCAUCCAAUCAGUUAACAGGAGGAGCUCAGGGUCUUCAAGUCCAGCCAAUCACCCCACAACUACUGACAAAUGCCCAGGGACAGAUUAUUGCCACUGUCAUUGGCAACCAGAUCCUUCCGGUGAUCAACACACAAGGAAUAACACUUUCUCCCAUCAAGCCAGGCCAGCAGCUUCAACAAGCACAACAGAGCAAUGUGGGCCAAGCUUCUUCCCAGGCUAACCUGUUAAACUUGGCUAAUACUCAAACCUCAAUGUCCCAAAGUCCAGUGCGGCAAGCUUCUUCUUCCUCAUCUUCAUCCUCUUCCUCUUCAGCACUCAGUGUUGGUCAGCUAGUCAGCAAUCCCCAAACAGCACCCAGUGAAGUUGAUGGUGUUAAUCUGGAAGAAAUCCGAGAGUUUGCAAAAGCAUUUAAAAUCCGUCGCCUGUCUCUUGGCCUGACACAGACCCAGGUUGGCCAAGCUUUAAGUGCAACAGAGGGCCCUGCCUAUAGCCAAUCUGCCAUAUGCAGACACACCAUCCUGAGAAGCCACUUUUUCCUACCACAGGAAGCUCAAGAGAACUCUAUAGCUAACAGUCUCACAGCCAAACUGAAUCCUGGCCUUUUGUAUCCUGCCAGGUUUGAAAAGCUGGAUAUCACCCCUAAAAGUGCCCAGAAGAUAAAGCCAGUACUUGAGCGGUGGAUGGCUGAGGCUGAAGCCCGCCAUCGAGCAGGUAUGCAGAACCUGACUGAGUUUAUCGGCAGCGAGCCCUCCAAAAAGCGCAAGAGGCGCACGUCAUUCACGCCACAGGCCUUGGAGCUUUUGAAUGCCCACUUUGAAAAGAACACACAUCCUUCUGGGCAAGAAAUGACAGAAAUUGCAGAAAAACUUAAUUAUGAUCGGGAAGUGGUGCGCGUCUGGUUCUGUAACAAACGGCAAGCACUCAAGAAUACAAUCAAACGUUUAAAACAGCACGAACCUGGAACCGCUGUCUCAAUGGAUCCUCUAACAGACCAUUUGGAGGAAAACUCCUAGAAAAGUACCUGCUUUUUGAACUUUUGGAAAUGCUCUUCAUUUACUACACUUGUAAGUAAAGAUGGUGUAAAGAAUACUGGAUGGAAGGAACAAACUACAAAUGUCCAUGGAUUUUCUUAGAACAAUACACAGCACUUAGUGGGUGUGUGUGUGUGAAGUAGAAUUAGGGAACAUUUAAAGGAAGACAGUUUUUUAAAGGGACUGAAAUGAAACCAAAUAAAUGCUUACAUUUUUCUGUACAGAAAAUUUAAUGUUUUAAAAAAAAAAACUUUUGUCUGUUACAAAAAGGAUUCCAGCAGGCCUGCAAGAAAGAUGAAGUGCCUGCAUUUUCCAGGUACAAAGUGCUGAUUCAGUAUGAAAACUGUUAUACUAUAUUAACCAAAGUCACAACACUGCAUCACACACAAAAAAGAUUGCCAGUGGACUCCAUUUUCAAUGUAAACUGUGCUAUGACUUUUUUACAUUUGUACUUAGCAGAAGCUGAGCAGAUUGCCUU